UUUUUUAGGAAAGAUCAAUUGAACUAGUUCGUUUGCGAACGACACAUCUCGAGUAUAGACCACCCUUCUUACAUCUUGUAGCGAGACCUUCUAAUGACGUACGUUUCUCAAAACGUUCUUAUGUUUUUGAACCAGCUGUAUGAUGCAGUUUAUCUCGCGCGUCGCGCAGAUCAUGCAGUAUCUGGCCCUGGCCAUCUGGCAGUAUCCUGGCAGUAUCAUUGGGACAGCGUUGGGGUCAUACUCAAGUUGUUAAUAAAUUGUAUGGAAGGACGAGAAAACAUGAAGUGAAGUUCCGUUGUAUGAUGUUUUUUCUCUCUGUCGUCCUACUCAUUUUCGGCUCCGUAAAAUACAGGUUAUAUGAUGAAACUGUGUGCAUUUCUUGUCUAUCGAAGAAUUAUGAACAUGCCUAGUUUCCGCCAAAUGAAUGCAGUGAGAUUUAAACUGAGAACGAAACGAAUAUAUUCGUAACAACCCGGGAGAUUUCGCUAUUACCAUUUGCGUAGCUACUUAAAAGUUGCGUCGUUAUGCAGUAACGUGCAAAAUGAUUAAUACCUACACGCUAAAAUACGCUUCCAAAGCUGUGAUUUAAAGUUGUCUGCGUCUCAAUUUGACAAUUGGCGCAAUGAACUGAUUUGACAAGCAAAAACAAAGAUAGAAAAUUGAAUGUACAUGACAAUGGCUACAUCUUACAGAAGAAAUCACUCCCGCCGCAGGUUAGCAGCUUUAACUUUUUUAUCUAACAUAUCUCUCGAUGGAACCCAUCGGGAUACAAAACUGGGUUUAUUACCAAGAAACAAACGUGUGAUAGAAGAUAAUACUCGGAGUACUUUGGACCAAGAAGGUAAUGAAUGCACUAGUGACCAAGAAAAUUUGAAAGAGGAAGAGCCCAUCACCAUAAGCUAUGAUGUCAAGAUUAAGAAAGUUAAUAAACCGUCUCCUGGUGAGGGAAAGUCUCCUGAACAGUCAAAUAGUUCAGAUUCAAAUCCUAGUGAAGUUCCUACACCAUCAAAGGUAUGGGAGCAGGAACACAUGAAUUUUCUUUCCAAGAGUAGCACUCCUUUUCGGGAAAGGACAAGCACUGCUGGUAGCGACUAUGCUAUUGAACGAAGAUUUGGUUCACUUAAUCAGAAAAGAAAAAUGGCUCAUCAGUCUUCAUUGUGUGAUGAAAAACAUCAUCAUUUCAGUAGUAAUGAAAGUUUGGGAUCUAAUUUUGGGAAUCGAAUGAGAGUAUCAAGUAGCACAAUUCCUGAAGUGGCUCAAUCAGUACCAAAUAAGGAGGUGCGUAUUAUUAGACCCCAUAAACAUCAGCUUAUUCAUGAAGACAGACUUAUUUUAGUGUCUGUGAAACACAUUCCAUUUCUUCUGUUUUCACAUGUUCGAUACAACAGAGAUCUGCGCAGUGCAAGAUCGGAUUUACGUCGAGAGGGUGGACGACGUCGGCAUGCAUCAGGGACUCGACCACUGUCUGCAAUUACAGAUGGUGUGGAUCCAUUUGACCUUCUUGGAGUGGAAAAGGGUCAGGAAGGGCAGGAAAUUUCAUAUGGGCAGUUGCUGGUUCCAUCUCGUCAGUUUGCAAGAGAACGUAAAUUUCAUCUUGAAAAUGAUGCUACUGAGUUGUUGCAUGGACAUCCAAUUGUGAACAGGCAUCACAUUGUAGCUAGAUGUUUUUCAUAUGAUGGAAAUGUGUAUCGAAAUCCAAAUCAUAUUGUGCCUGGAUCACCCCCUAUUCCAUACAGUGACAACAAAGUGUUUGAUUGGGAUGAUGGAAUUCAUUCGCCACAUUUGCAGUACUCCCCAAAUCUUUUGGAUGAUCCUGAGCUAAUUGCUGGGAAACACCGAACCUUACUCACAUUCACUGCUUAUAUGACUUCCAUCAUUGACUAUGUUCGACCCUCGGAUCUGAAAAAGGAGCUCAACGAUAAAUUCAAAGAAAAAUUUCCUCACAUCAAACUUACAUUGAGCAAAUUGCGAUCACUGAAGCGUGAGCUACGUAAAAUUGCCAAACAGGAGUGUGGCAUUGAUCUUCUUACGGUUGCCCAGGCUUAUGUCUACUUUGAGAAAUUGAUUCUUCAGAAUCUUAUCAACAAGGAGAACCGGAAAUUGUGUGCAGGAGCCUGUCUUCUCCUGUCUGCUAAACUCAAUGAUGUUAAAGGAGAAGUGUUGAAAAUGCUUAUUGAGAAGACAGAGAAUGUAUUUCGAUUGAAUCGCAAGGAUCUGCUUGCAUGCGAGUUUGCUGUGCUGGUGGCCCUGGAGUUUGGCCUGCAUGUCCCGACAGUGGAGGUAUUCCCACAUUAUCAGCGCCUUGUUUAUGAAUCCUGACAUCUGGACAACAAGGGGUGUCCAUUUGCCAGUUACAUUGCUGCAGAGAUGAUAUUCAGUUGAGGUAUGUUAGAGCACAAAGUAAAUUAAUGAAAAACACUGAACAAAUACAAGGCAGACAAAUUAAAAUCAUGUUCCUGUCUUUAUUAUGGGUAACUAGUCAUUUGCUCCUGUAGGUAAAAUUGUAUAUUAAAUGUAGAUCUUUUGUACAAAAUUUUAUUGUUACUUAUGAUUUGUCUUAAUAAUGUAAUAUAUGUCAUAUUUGUGUACAGUAUGUAAUUAUGAAAUGUACUUAGUGACUUUUAACAAAAUGUUAAUUCUGUUAUUUUUGUUUUCAUAAUUCAGACUUAUAUCAAGUGUUUUUUUUCUAAUGAGAAUUUAUGUACUUAUAAGAACUUAUUUUACAUUAUUCAAAAGACAUUUGUAACCUGCAAACCUGUGAUAUAAAUAAUUAUUUGUAUGGUUUUGAUAGAGUACAAUAUAAAUUUGUGAAUCAUAAAUAUUUUUUGUUAUUUAUUUACUUAUGUUUAUUUAUAAAUUGCAUUUAUGGGACUACUCAUAGAAAUUUUCUAAUUUACUGUGCACAAAUAUACAAUUUUUAAUGAAAAAUGCAUUGUUAUUCGAAAGUCUGGGACAAUACUGUAUUGAAUUAUUUUGCAGUACUAGAUUUUAUAGAGUAAUUCCAUUCAAAGGAUUUUAAUAUUUUUAAUAUGAGGGAUAGUAAAAGUUUUCAAAUUGAUUAUAAAGCUAUUGAAAGUUGAGAUUAUGUAGAUUUGUAAGAUUCUAUAAAAUUGGUGCAAAAAAUCUGAAAAUCUUCUAGGUUUUCCUUAGCAAUUUUUAAAAAUAUUACUGAAAAUAUAAAAAUUAGACCUCUUUUGAUUAGAUGAAUGACAUUAAAAUGAAGGAUGUUAGAGAAGAGUGACAAAGUUCUUGAGAGAAAGUUAAGCUUUAAACAUUUGUCGAAUCUGCUGGUGUUUUGUAGGUCUUAUAAAUUGUUUUAUUUACUAGCUCUUUCAGGACUACAUAUAUUGCAACUGUAUUUUGUUUAUGACUUAAAUUAAUAAACAAAAACAAAAUUUGCAUUCUACAAUGCCAUGCAUUUUUAUAAUUAGUAUGAAUAGCGGAUUGUGUAUGUAUCCAUGAUCUUGCUAUUGUUGUGGAUGGUCUGAAGGAUGAAAUCCAGUUGCCUUUUUCCUUCCUCACCUUCUUGUAAUUUCCGUUCAGCCCACAGACCAACUGAGUUAUUUGUAGUGACAUAAAUACAUUAAAUAAGAUUAGCUUGAUGUGAAUAGAAACAUCCUGUGAUUAAAAAGCUUACAGUCUGCUGUAUCGAGUUACACCUCUUCAGACUGUCAAGGUGAGUGAGAUAUGUACAGUCAUCCAUCAGUUUCAUUUGUAGCUCACAAAACUGUGAUAUUUAAAUAUUUGAAUGAAAUGUUUUCAGAUUGACAUAUUGUUAUAGCAAUUUUGUGAUUAAAACUCAAAACACAUUUUUUUCAGAGGACAAAAUAAAAGGUUUCAUACCUCAAAAACAAUGUAUUCCUGAUUACUUACAUUAUAUUCUGUAUAGUAGAAGAAUUACUAACAAAAAGACAUGGUUAUGAGCUACAUUUUAAAAUCAAUACUUGGAGUAUGUGAUAUGACAGCUAUAUUAUUUUUGGAGAUGUUUUCGUGUUUUGCAUUUUUCCUUACCAGUAAUAAUGUCAAAUGAUAAGUUAAAAAAUGGACAGAUGUGGAGAAAUUAUGUUAGGGAAAAUAUGUUUUUGUGAGGUUAUCUAAAGGUAACCUUCAGAAAACGUGAAAUUAAUUUCAAUGAAACAAUCAGCAUUUCUCAUUAUUGAUUUCUUGAAUACCUAGUCAUACUGGUGAUUUAAUGAUAGAUUGAUGUAUCAGUACCUGUAUAUUUGCUUCCUGGAGAAAAAUAAAUAAAAAUUAUUCUUGAGU